AUGGAUACCUCUAGAAGCGUUCAACAUGCGCCACAGCAGGGGAACGUCACGGUAGGCCAGGCAGACCAAAAGGCAAAGCUCAACUAUAUCCGAUGGGAAGACAAGUUUCGUACCGAAAAGCCCUAUGAGUUUAUUUCACAGGCUCCCGAGGGCUGUCCCAGGAAAAACUUCACUCUCGCCGCCUCACCAGAGCAGGCCAUCCACGAUAUCAGAGGCAGUGAAGAGCUAUUCAACCUCGAUGACCAUGGAUUCCAGAUUGUGAGGCAAGAGCUAGGAGCUAUACCGACCGACCAGGAGGGUAUUGAGAAGGAGUACCUGCCUAAAGUGAUUGACUUAUUGCAGAAUAUCGAUCCUGGAGCGGAGGUGGUGAUUUUUGACUGGAGACUCCGGACGAGUGACGACAAGCGGACUACUGCAAAGGCCGGGAGUGUCAUUGACCUUGACGAUCCAAUGCUCAUACUGAAGCCCGUCCGCGCCGUUCACAUUGGUUAG